AACAAGGAUGAUCAACAGUGCCAAGAGCAAAGUCAAGGAUUUCCUGAGCCUCUCAAGGCUUUGAUAGUUGAUGAUUAUCUCUUGAUGGACUUGUGCGAGUGACAAAGAGUGAACGUGUGAGAGGAGAAGGAGCAACUCCAACGAGCCUGGUUUGGACAGCGGCGCGGAGCCUCGCCUCUCAGUCUCGCUGCUGCUUGCUCACAGACAGUUUGUGUGUGUCUUGGAGAGAUGUCUGACGGAGCAAACCAGAGCCUGGAAUUUUACUGCGGUUCCAGCCCGCCCAGAGCCGCGGAUAUUUUAAAGAAUUUAAGUGUGCCUGCUAUCAUCUUGUACACAGUUCUCACUCUAAUGGCUGUAAUUGCAAAUCUUGUGUAUUUUGAGGAAGUUAUCUACCUGUUAAGAAAAGUCCCAGCCACAAACAGGAGAGCGACUAUUAUGUGGGUCAACGGGGCUGCACCUGUGAUUGCAACUACAUCCUGUAUUGGGAUGUGGAUUCCUCUAGCAUCGAUGAUCACAGAUUUGACGACAGCAGUGUAUUUUGCAAUUGUCAUCCAUAAAUUCCAGCGAAUGAUGAUAGAAGAAUUUGGAGGUGAUGAGCUAUUCUUGAAACGUUUUCAGAAUACUCCUGUGAAGAUUAGUACAGGACCAUGUUGCUGCUGUUGUCUUUGUUUGCCUUUUGGAAAGAUUUCAAGGCGACUGAUGUUCAUACUGAAAUUGGGAACAUUUCAGCUUGCUUUCUUACGGCCAGUCCUAAUGAUCUUCACCUUAGUCCUUUGGGUGAAUGGGACAUUCAGUCUGGAUGAUCUUUCUGCUAGUGGACCUGCAAUAUGGAUUAACUCCUCCCUUGGUGUAUCCACAAUAGUUGCACUGUGGCCUAUUGGAAUUGUUUUUAACAAAGUUAAAGGUGAACUAAAAAAUCAGAAGAUAAUUCCAAAAUUCACUCUAUAUCAGAUUUCAUUCAUUCUCACACAACUCCAAGCUGCCAUUAUCAACAUAACAGCACUGUCAGGUGGCAUAGCCUGUGCACCUCCGCUUUCACCCACAGCCAGAGGAGGAUAUAUGAACCAGCAGCUUCUCAUUAUGGAAAUGUUCAUUAUCACUUUGUUAUCACGAAUCUACUACCGGAGAAAAUACAAUCAACAAGAAAUAGAUGGAAUUCAACCCACAGUAAAAGCACAAGAUAACCAAAACCCCGCAAAUGGCAUCAAAAUAGAAGUUGAAACCAUGAGAGUGUAAAAUACCUUUUUAAUGGAAAGGGCUAAAUGUUCUAUCACUGACAGUUUCUCAGUGCUCAUUUUGGCUUUCAAGAAAACACCAGCCUGUCUUCUCACACAACUCCAAAAAUGUUUGUUUAGAUUCGCAACUUUCAUGAUUUUCAUGGGGAGAACGUUUCCUGUUCCUGUAUGUAAUGGAUCUCUGGUCACAGUGAUUGCAGAACAAAUACAUGGAGGUAAACACAUGCCAUAAAUAAAUUGAACUGUUAUUUUAGCAGUUUUUAAAAUUUUGUUCUGGGAUGCUGAUCCUUAUUUUGCCCUUGAACUGAAUGAUUUGGUAGGCUAUUUCAAGGUCAAAUAUAUUGCUUUGCAUCUGGAGUCGUGCAUAGGUCCCAGAACAGAUCAGGAUAAUAGGUUUUCUUCCAUAAAGGACACGAGUGAACCUUUUACCAAUGGUUGAUGUCCACUACUAGACUAGAUUUUAAUUGCAGAUCUUUGUUCAAUUUAAAUGUUGUCAUUUGCCACAGCGAUAUUCAAACUGAUAUUUCUAGACCGUUAGCCUGGAUUACUCGACCAGUGACAUUACCACUAUGCUACUAUUUGCUACAACAGGUUGACAACAGGGGAGACAUUUAGCAAGAUCUUUUCUUUUAUGCCUAUUCUGACUAUAUCAGAUGUACAUUGGAAGUAUAGUCUAGAUUAUUCACCAGUUUCAGACAAUUUUAGAAUAACUCAACACGAGCCAAAGUCUUUGGCUUUGCUUAUGGUUCAGCUCUGAUUGAAAAUGGCUAUGUGGAUUGCUUUUACGACAUCAAAUGAAGGUAUCAUCCAAGUAAUCAUGCAAAAAGUAAAUGACGUCUCAAAUAUACCAUGUAAUGACAUCUGAUGAACAUUCAUCCACAACUGGAGGAUUUUGAAUAUUUGGCAUUACAGUAUCGCUCUCUGAAUAUCAUGUAUGUAUGCCAUUGAAAACUUCUGAAGGAAGUAUGGAGACCAAACCCAACACUUUGGUUGUAACUUCUGGGUCUAGAGUUAUUCUGUAUUCAUGUCAGAGCAUAACAUCAUUGUAAUUGCGUGUCAGCGACAACUAAUUGCUUCUGGUUAGAAUCUCACAGUUAUUAAAGCAAUCAAUUUUGAGGAAGAAGGAGAAAGUUUCGUGAGAUCUGUAGGGAUCAAAGAUGCAUCAACUGAAGACUAUGACUGAAGGGAUGAAUAAUACUGAAAGGAGGUAUUUCCUGAGUUCUCAUUAGCUGUAUUCUGGUCCAUUCUUGCAACUGGUAAUAUAUCACUGAACAGUGGAAAAGAGAAAGAAGGAGCUAAAUCUGGUUGCAAAACUGAGCCUGGACACCACCGUUGGAAUUUGCCGAUAUAGCAUCCAUUAGCAGUUCUAAGGAAAAGAUGUUUAGUUUGGAUCAAUGGAAUUGCAAUGGCCUUAUUUCAUCUCUUAACUGUGUCCAUUUUCUACAGCUAUAAUGAUUAAUCUGCAUUUCAUGUGUUCCAGCAGUGGUCAAAUUGAAAGGGCUUUUGUCACAAGUAGCCAGGAGGCCCAGGUUCAAGUCCUACCAGCUCUAGAGAUGUGUAAUAAUGUGUCUGAACAAAUUUAAUUCAGAAAAUAUCCAAUUAUAACGCCAAUUCAGCGUUCUUGUGUAGUGGCUCUGUCCCUACAUCUUGUUAAGUCCCACUGCUUCAGAGGUGUGCAAUAGCGUUUUUCAAACAAGUUGAUUCGAAAAAUAAAAAAAAACUUAAUUUGGCCAGCAUAGAAAUUGCUUUCUGCAAUAAUAUUCUAGUUACAAUUGAUUGGACAGGCUGGGAUUGAAAAUUAGUUUACUUCUUUAACUCAGAGAUAGUAAGAGCUGCAGGUGCGGGAGUCAGUUUCUUCAGAAACCUGACCCGAAAUGUCAACUUUCCUACUCCUUUGAUGCUGCCUGGCCUGCUGUGUUCCUCCAGCUCCACACAGUGUUGUCUCUUACUUCGUUGACUGUUUCAUUUAAAGAGCAUUUGCGGGCAAAGUAGGUCUGACACCUUAAUGCAAUGCUCUUAAUAGAGUUCAGUGCUCAUAGGGAAUACUGUAUAGAAUCUUGGAUUUUAUAUUAAUUUUAAUGGACAGAAAAUAUGUUUUCCAACCAGCAUUAUUUAUGAAUGCCAUUUAUCAAAUACACCACUAUUCAACCAUACUCAAAAGAUAAACAUAGGGAUGAGCAGAUAGGUGCCGAAUGCCUAUUCAAAACUGGGGAAACUGCCUGAAUCCAAUAAACUCAUAGGAUACAGAAACUUGCACAUUACCUGUAUUCUUCUUAUCCCUGUUUCUGGCAAGUUUCCAGGUAAAGGGAGUGCAAUAAUUGUUUUAUUUUGAGUCUCACGCUAAAGGUGAAACAUGUUAAUCAUAAGGUUACCAACAACGUUCCUCCGUAUAAUUCUAUACUUUUGGACUAAAUUUCAAAUUCUGUUCAUUGACAGAAGAGUGCAACUUAGUUUGAGUUUCUAGAUUUGAAUUCUUAUGUGUGUCCUAAUCAUAAAAGGUGUCAAUUCCAUUUUACCUGAAAAUACUCUUUGAAUGAAACAGUCAAAGAAAUAAUGAGAGAUAACAA